AUGGCAAAUUUUAAAUUGAGAGCGUUAAAAAUAUGCACUUACAACUUUAAAUCCCUUCCUUUUGCCAUCGCCUCCACUCCCGUCCCUUCGCCAGAUCCAGUCAAGAGUCUAUUCUCGCCGACGCCGGUGAGCUUCGUCGACGUAAAAACUGACCUUGGACGAACGCGAUGCUACUGGGUCAGAGAAGAACUCAAAAAUGAGAAACCGCCAUUAGUGCUUUUACAUGGCUGGGUCGCUGGAACAGGAUGUUUUUAUAAAAAUGUAGCGGAUAUGGCUUCGGAUAGAGCGAUUUUGAUGAUCGAUUUGCCUGGUUUUGCUCAGUCAGAAAGGCCAGAGUUUCCAGAAGAACCCGAAGAUGAAUGGGUAAAAUCACUCAAAGAUGUUAUUGCGGUAGAAGUUCCUGGAGAAACAACCUUCUGGAUCGGCGGCCACUCUUUCGGAGGAUAUCUUGCAGCGAGACUAGCGAUUGAGGCUGAUUUUUCCACCGAAGGAGUUAUUCUCCUCGACGCCUGGGGAAUAAAAGAGUCUGAAAUGACCUUUGAAGAGCGCGUUGAAAAGCGCCUAAACUGGUGGCAGAAAAUCUUGCUCAAAUCGUACCAAGGACUUGGGUUAAAGUUCGGUGGUAUGGACAUCCUCAGAGCUCUUCCCAUGUCGCUCGGCCCGAAAAUACUCAAAGCAGCGAGGAAGGAUUUGGCGGCGACCUAUGGCAAUGAGUUUUUGGACUACAUUUUUGAAAUUAACUCUGCAAAGCCUGCUAGCGGAGAGAUCGCGUUUAGCAACUUGAAUGCUGGCUUCGGAUACGCUAAAAAUCCGAUGGGUCCUCGAAUGCUCGAAAAACACGAAAACCUUCCGAAAAACAUUCAUUUUCUCUAUGGCGGCAAAAGCUGGGUGGAAAACUCUGUCGGCUACAAAAUUAUAAAAGAGCUUGAAGCUGCUGAUCCUAAUUUCAAAUGCUCUGUAACUGUAGUGGAAAACGCGUCUCAUCACCUUCAAUGCACGCAUCCGGAAGAAGUCAAUUCUGUAGUCAACAAAAUAUUGAACUCAAAAAUUUAA